GAAGAUUUGCGAGAGAUGAUUCGAUUAUUUCAAGACUUUUAUUCCUGGGUCAUGACACAAAUAUGGGUAGCUCCUUGUGUAUACAGUGCGUUAUUUAUCCGUCAAUCAUCAUCACGUAUUGCACAUAUCCUGAUUUUUCCGGAUGAAUAUCCUCAUUCAUUAAGCAAUCAUGUCGUUGGAUCAAACAAUUUGAAAGCUUUUGAGAGGCGACUUACAGAAGUUAUUGCUAGUCUACAACCAGCAACCACACGGUGGAGAAUGUUGCUAGGUUUGAUCUCUAUCUGUACUGCUAUCGGUGCCUGGCAUUGGCUAACAGAUCCCAAUACAUCAGCAGUAUCCUUUACACAGAGCUUAUGCAAUCAUCCAUUCUUUACAAUGGCUAGUAUAAUAUUAGUGAUACUAUUUAUGAUGGGAGUGCAUAGACGAGUAAUAGCACCUAGUAUUAUAACUCAACGAGCCAGAAGUGUGCUUGGUGAUUUUAACAUGAGUUGUGACGAUACUGGAAAAUUGAUUCUGAAGCCCACUAGAUCUCCGCAUCCUCAUGAGACUUAAAAAAUAUAUGUAUAAAUAAAUAUAUAAAUA